GCAACUCACUUACCCUGCCAGUUACCGAUGGAUGCUACCUUACUGCUUAGUAGCGUCUGUUUUUCCUUUCCUGUGCAAGCCGAUCCCUCGCAGAGUGGCAUGCCCAUCUGUUACCCUUUCCCAAUCGCUGAAGAUAUGGCUGAGCGAGCGCUUUAGAUUUUGACCGACUGUUCAGUCAUCUCUGAAACGCGAGCUGUUUCUCGUCGCUUCGGCGUAAAACGAUGCGUAACACGUGACUUUUCCUGACUGUACAGUUGUCGGAUCGGUACAUUUAGCACCGCACAAGAAUCGGCGUGACAUGUUUGUAAAGGCCGAUAAACGUCACAGAAAUAGCUUAUAGGAAGGAGUGUUGCAAUACGCCACUAUAGCAGCAGUGUGCAAAUAUACGGAAACAACAGGCGACAGCUACCUUGCUCGCAGUAUCUUCAUGGUGAUUGUACUUGUUCCAUCUAACGCUUGUUAUUAGCUGCCGUGGCGGACGCUAAUUAGCCUCAACAGUACUACUAAUUAUCGUUAAUUAACAGAAGGAUCGUGACACUUGGUAGCGAAACGUUAGUUUGGUUUGAAAUUCUGUUAUGAAACAAACGGUUUAGUGCGAACGAAAGAAUCGACUGUUCCAGCGACAUCAUACGCUUUCCUAUGCAUUGGCCUUAACGGAGUGCUACGCAGACGGGACUGCACAAACAAUAUAACGUGACAAACUAGCAUUAUCAGUGUGGGUUUUCCAGUAACCACCAUCAUAAUUAUUAUCCGUUGUAAAUGUGUUGUUGACUGAGAUUUGCUAUGCUGAGUGUCUGGGCGCAUAUCUGUGAUAAUUAGUAUUAAGUUAACCCGUCGGACAAUUGAAAUAACACGUAGUUGUAGUCAAGUAAUGUCCCGGGCGUCAUCAUGCGAAAGUCGGGGUGUUGGAGGACAUCACAGUCCAGGUCACUCACCAGCACCUAGCCCGCAUCCGAUCCCAUUAUCACAUUCGGCAUUGUUAUUAAACGGCCAUAACAGUUCAUCGAGGAACACCACAGCCUCUACAGUGACGAACAGGAGCCCAUCACUCAUCACCACUAGCGCUGCACUCCUUGUACAUCUAGCUAGACUUGACAGCUCAUCUACGCACGAUCUGUCCAAGGAGACCUCAGGAGAUUUUCCUGCGCGGAAAGCGCUCCGAAGAUCCGCCACGGCCUCGGCAGCAGCUGUAACGGCGGCCAUGGCUGCCGCCGCAACGGCUUCGCCUCCUGACCCUUCCAGGAAUCCGUGGAUGGACUCGAAGAUUCUUCAUAUGGCGGCCGCGGCCGCAGCUCACGCAAACGCCCAGGCCGCUGGUAGUGUAACCGCGUCAUUGAGUGCAUCGUUAAACGCGACGUCAUUGGGAGCCGGGGCUUCACCUACCGAAUUGUUUGCCGCAGCUCAGCCACCGAAAAUUUCGGGAAUUCCAUGCGUAGCAGCAGCAUCCCGUUAUACGGCUCCAGUACACAUCGAUGUAGGAGGAACUAUAUACACGUCAAGUCUCGAAACGCUAACCAAGUAUCCCGAGUCUCGACUAGGCAAACUAUUUAAUGGUUCAAUACCGAUUGUGUUGGAUUCACUGAAGCAACAUUAUUUCAUUGAUCGCGAUGGCAAAAUGUUUCGUCACGUGCUCAAUUUUCUACGUACCGGGAUCCUUGUUCUACCGACUGACUUCGCAGAAUUAGCUCUGCUCGUGGAAGAAGCACGAUUUUAUGAUAUACCAUCCCUUAAUCGAGCCCUGCAGGAGUAUCAGCUGACUAGCUGCAAAAGCAACGGGGCCAGCGGGGAUGGCUCUUUAUCGACGCCUCAACGUGGCUUCAAAGAAAAUGGGCCGGGACCUGUAAACCCGAAGAGAGCCCGGCUCGAGAAAGCCCGCCUCGAAGAUCAGAGAGAAGAUAUUGGAUUGCAUCAAUGUCUUUCGCUCAGUAUUUCGCCUGAUCUUGGUGAGAGAGUAUUAAUCUCCGGUGAUCGGGCUUUGGUCGAAGCAGUAUUUCCAGAAGUUCUUCAGCCGAUCGAAAGUGCCCCUGGAGCAGCCACUUGGAGUUCGCAGGACAGCAAAAGUGUUCUGCGCUUUCCGCUUAACGGAUUUACGAAACUUAACUCAUUACAAGCUAUUGAGCGGCUACUUAACGCCGGUUUUCAGUUGAUCUCUUCUACGGCUGGCGGCAACAGUGUAGACGGAACGCAGUUCGCUGAGCAUAUACACCUUUUCGGACGGCGAAAUGAGCAACCUCUAUCGCCUCGGAGCAGCCCCGUUAAAGCAGAGUGAUCUGCCUUUUGAGUUGAUAUUGCGCGCAAACGCGAACCUUGCUAUUAUCACUUUAUGAGCCUGGAAAGGCCAGCUAAGAGUAAACGGACGGUUGCAAAGGUUUGGAAUGAGAGUAGUAGCUUUUGCCCUAACAUCAAUACCAAACCACUCUUAUAGUUUACCGAACCGCUGCUGUUAAAUGGAUUUGACAUAAUAAAAUAAGCCAAGAUCAGUCCAUAAAAUGCUAGCGGUAUUAUGAACGACAGUUUGAUUGCAUCAUCUUCAAUAUAUAUAUAUAUAUAUAUAUAUAUAUAGCUUGAAAAAUUGUUCUAUAGUGUUCGUAGGACGUGAAAAAUAUGCCUAAACUAUAACCAUGUAUUGCUCAAUGGCCUGCGAAGACUACGUAGAUCAUUCAAAUUCAAAGACAGCAAAUUUGUGAGUUGUACCUUUUAAAAGAAGUUGAGUAUUUUCUUCGUUCUGUAAUAUAUCAUAGGUUAUUUUUAUUGUUUAUGUGAGGUUUCGGGAACAGUCUGUGUCUGGCUGCAGAAUAGAAUUCCAAUAGAUUGAUAUGGUUUUAGUAAAAGAUUUCUACCCUCGACGCUACGCCUUCGACCUUGAUUUGUCCCGUAGAACAACUACUGAGCUAAUUGUCUUAACAAAGAUCAUGAUAGAAUGUAGACCGUUUUCUUUUAGAAUAUCACCCGUACUGCAGCAAGGAGCACUAAAAUCAAAUACCAAACCACCUUGCACCAUCUACUUUAUUGAGUUGAAUUCAAGUUAACGUCUUUAGAUAUUAAGAGGGUACCGUUGAAGGCUGCGGGAGGGUCUUUAGGAAUCAUUGCAUAAUAUCUUUUAGGUUCUGUUGUUCCCUUUCGGUGUGAGUCCCCUUCGCUGUACAUAAACAUCUACCUGUCAAGCGGCAAGAACGUUCUACUUACAGGACAAAUACGGGGGCAAUCAUCGUAAAUUAGGCGCUCCCCUUAAUAGAUCGUGCAAGUGCCACGCUGCAAUAUGGUGAAUUUGACUGUGAAUGCUAAAUUAUUACGAGGCAAAAACAAAUGUUUAUAGUUUAAUCAAUUAAUUAAAUGAUUAAAACAAGUGGGUCUGAAUUAGGCGAAUGCGUGGCUUAAGUUUGGUGUGUUAGGAUAAGAGUUUAGGUCAGUGAUAUUAAUUCACAACAUUAACUACAAUUAAAAAGAUUAUAUAUAUAUAUAUAUAUAUAUAUAUAUAUAUAUUGAACACAAAUCCUGAGUCAUCAUCAGUGCACACGGAUGUCAAGCUGCCCAGCUGUUAGUUUGUAAUAAAACAAUUAGGUAUAGGCGAAACGUAAAUUCUAACAAUAGUGCUGAUUAUACGCAUUAAAGCUAUCAACGAAACUGUCCAGCACCAUAAUGCUAUGUAAAUAUAUAUAAUUAAAUAAAAAGAGUCAAGGGACUCCCGACUUGA